GAUUAUUUUGUUUGAUAAACCAGAUCAAAAACGAUUUGCUUCAGCGAACACGACAAAAUGAAAACAAAUACUUCAUUGAACAAAGGAGCGGAAGUUAAUUGCUAUUUUUUACAUGUGUGCAAUUCAAGUGGCUGCUUCUUGGCUUUUAAACAAGACACCUGAGCGGGUGAUUUACUUUCUGAAAGUUACUGCAAGAACUUUGGACAGCAUUACCGUAAUGGAGAACGUAACCCGGAUCUUGAACGAGAGAUACGCCGGGGUGGUGCUCCCAAACACCGUGCUGCUGGCCCUGGGGAUGACGGUGGGGGCGGUCGGGAACGUCGCCGUCAUCACACUGUACGCGUCAACGAUACAGGACAAGAAAGGCGACCGCUACUUUAUCCCCGUCUUGGCCUUCAUUGACUGUCUGGGCUGUGCAGCCAACGGCGCAUUCUACACGAUAGACAACUUAUACCUUUUCCUUUUCCCGAGUGAUGCUCUGUGUCGAGUACUCAUAUUCCUGUUGACGUUUGCGUCUGGUUUUUCCGCCCACGUCUUGUUGGUCAUUGCCUUACAGAGGUUUCUACUGAUUUGUCGCCCCUUUGGACAGCAACUGACCCUAUACUGGAGGAGGGUCGCCCUGGGGAUCAUCACCGUGGUCUGCCUUGGGUACGCCUCUCCCCUGCUGGGUAUUGGUGGCGUUCGCCACUCCAACUCCACUUUUCUCAAUCGAACGUUUCCAAGUCACGAGUGCGUUUUGUCUGUGGAGAAGUCGGCGGGAACAGUUCUGUACUUUGGACUGAUCGCUUUGAUCAGUGUUGCUAACAUUUUGAUUACUGUCGCUCUCUACGUACCAAUAACCAGAGCCAUAUAUAGGACAUUCUCCUUCCGAAAGCGGACACUCAGCUAUAAGAUUAGAGAGAAGCGCAUGUCCGAUAGUAGAACUACCCAAAUCUCCCAUAUAGAGAUCCAGGAAGCAACUAAACACGAAACAUCCGAUAUCGCCAAUAACGGAAAACAGACAAUCUCCCCGAAGAGGGCCACCAAAAUACACCAGAAGACUCGCACGUGCGAGUCAAAGAAAGACAAAGUGAAAGCCACCAUCAACCUGAUGUUUCUGAUCAUCAUCCUGGUGUACAUUUUGUCCUAUAUCCCCACCCUGGCCAUUCUGAUCGCCACCUACACCCUGAGUGACUUCACUUAUCUGGAACUGUCGACGGCUGGAAUUAACCUGUGGCUCUUUUGUGCCCGUUUUCUGCUUCUAAAUCACGUGGUAAAUCCCUUCAUUUACGGAUAUUUUGACAUAGGGUUUCGAGCGGAAUUCAUAAAAAUUUGCUGUUGUUUCGAUAAAAGAAAAAUUGAAUAUUCAGUGAACAGCCAAACAACUUAAUAAUUUG